AUGGACGUGCACCAUAGGAACGAUAAAACAAGGGACGUGCAUCAUACGAACGAUGUAACAAGGGACGUGCACCAUAGGAACGAUGUAACAAGGGACGUGCACCAUAGGAACGAUGAAACAAGGGACGUGCACCAUAGGAACGAUGUAACAAGGGACGUGCACCAUAGGAACGAUGAAACAAGGGACGUGCACCAUGGGAACGAUGAAAAAAGGGACGUGCACAAUAGGAACGAUGUAACAAGGGACGUGCACCCUGGUAACGAUGAAACAAGGGAGGUGCACCAUGGGAACGAUGUAACAAGGGACGUGCACCAUGGGAACGAUGUAACAAGGGACGUGCACCAUGGGAACGAUGUAACAAGAGACGUGCACCAUAGGAACGAUGUAACAAUGGACGUGCACCAUAGGAACGAUAAAACAAGGGACGUGCAUCAUACGAACGAUGUAACAAGGGACGUGCACCAUAGGAACGAUGUAACAAGGAACGUGCACCAUAGGAACGAUGAAACAAGGGACGUGCACCAUAGGAACGAUGAAACAAGGGACGUGCACCAUAGGAACGAUGUAACAAGGGACGUGCACCAUAGGAACGAUGAAACAAGGGACGUGCACCAUGGGAACGAUGAAACAAGGGACGUGCACAAUAGGAACGAUGUAACAAGGGACGUGCACCCUGGUAACGAUGAAACAAGGGAGGUGCACCAUGGGAACGAUGUAACAAGGGACGUGCACCAUGGGAACGAUGUAACAAGGGACGUGCACCAUGGGAACGAUGUAACAAGGGACGUGCACCAUGGGAACGAUGAAACAAGGGACGUGCACCAUAGGAACGAUGUAACAAGGGACGUGCACAAUAGGAACGAUGAAACAAGAGACGUGCACCAUGGUAACGAUGAAACAAGGGACGUGCACAAUAGGAACGAUGUAACAAGGAAUGCCCACCAAAUGAUCGAUGUAAUAAAGAACAGUUUAAACUAA